AUGUCAUCGAGCCCAAUAACGUCGAUAGGAAUAUUUUAUAGUGAGCAAUCACUGAAAUGUGAAUUGUACUUCGAUGAUCCCUGUGGAAAACAGAGUUUCGAGUAUAAGGAAACAAGGAACGAUCAUUUGAAAAUCUUCGUUGAAUACCCGGAAGAAAUAAUCAAUAAUCAAACAGGUCUUGUCAAUUCCCUCAAUAUCAAGUACAGCGGACUUGAAGAAAACUAUACAAAGAAUAAGGUGGACCCAGUGAUUCACCAGAUAUUCAAGUGUCUGGAAUCGAGAAAAGAACUUCUUCAAGUCAAAAGACUAUCAAUCGAUGCAGUCGAUAUGAGUCAGGCAAUGACAGUCGUCAAGUUAUUGGAUCCAUCGGUUUUGAAAAAAGUCGAAUUUUGUUUUGAAAAUAGAGAUGAGGAAAUCGAUAUAGAGGAUGCUCUGGCUUUGGUGAAAUGGAAUGAAGGACAACGGAUGAAACUGGUUUUCAAGUUGCACACACUUCACCCAGGAUAUUUGGAAUCUGUGAAAAAGUUUCUUCUACAUCUACCGACUUUCACUGAGAUCUUCGUUUAUUAUAAACAAUGUGUCAAUGAAAAUGCGAGUUUGGGAACAAUUAUGGAUAUUCCAAUGCAACAUGAAACUCCCGGUUCGAAGGAGAAGUUCUUUCAGUUCCGACUAUCACAUAGCCUAUUGUUAACUGCUGGUUUAGUGAAAAAAACACUGAGCAACGAUGUAUCUGCAAUGGUUCUGGGGAAUCCAUUGAUUAUGAAACGUGUCAUUCAAUCGUUCAACUUUUGGAAUGUCCAACGACUCCGUAAAACGUCUCGUGGAAUCAGAGACUGCGUUGACUUCCUCAAACCAGUUACUCACAUUGAUGAAUAUAAUGUUUCGUUCUUAAGUGAUAUUCAUCCAAGUGCACAUAUUAAAAUUGGAUGUUACAGUACAAGGAGCUGGUUAUACGGGAAACAUGAAAUUUCUGAGGACAGAAAUGAAUUGUGUCAGAAGGCACAAGCCCAAGUUUUGAAUGACUUUGAGGUCAACUUGAGAAAUCAGAAUACGUGUUUAGAAGAGUUGAAAUUCAUAUUCUCGUAUAUUGACACUCUUCGAAAGGAGGAAAAUCUGGAGCAAGAAGAAUUCGAGCGUCUCAAUGAACUUACCGCUCAAUUUUUGGGAAAAAUUAAAGAAACUCUAUCAAGAAGAAGUCAGUUACUAAAAGUGAAAAAGUUGGAAUUGUUUUGUUGUACCGACGACAAUGUGAUGCAAAUCCUCCCGUAUCUUGAUCCCAAUUGCUUGAAAAAAAUUGAACUCAAUGAUCAGACAACGAAAUAUGGAAUACUCGGUUACUCCACGUUUAGUAGAAAGUAUCCAGAAUCCCUGUUGAAACCGUUUGUACUGGACGAGAUAUGUCAGUUGGAGCAGUGGAAGAGCGUGACGGAACUGGAGAUUCGAUCACAGCCAAUAUCCACUUCAAUUCAAGAAAUGAAUAUCACUCACUUCUCAAAAAUUUAUAUGCAAGUGGAAACAAUUAGUUCAGAAGAUGUGUUAUAUCUUAAAGAUCAUCUUCUACUAUCGACCACUUUCCAAAGAUUCAUUAUUCACUUCAAAAACAAGGCGAUUGACUACGAAACUCUUGUUGGACUAAUGGGGCCACCGCAUCGAAUCUAUGGAGAUAAUGAUCGUAUUAUCUGGUUUUUCCAAAUGGAAAACAUGUCCCAGAAUUAUCCAAGAAUGUCAUCGAGCCCAAUAACGUCAAUAGGAGUAUUAUACACCGAGAAAUCACUGAAAUGUGAAUUGUAUUUCAAUGAUCCCUAUGGAAAACAGAGUUUCGAAUAUAAGGAAACAAGGAAAAAGAACGAUUUUUUGAAAAACUUCGUUGAAGACCUGGAAGAAAUAAUCAAUAAUCAAAAAUCUCUCGUGGAUUCUCUCAAAAUCAAAUACAUCGGACUUGAGGACAACUAUAAAAAGGAAAAGUUGGACCCAGUCAUUAACCAGAUAUUCAAGUGUCUGGAAUCGAGGAAAGAACUUCUUCAAGUCAAAAGACUAUCGAUCGAUGCAGUUGAUAUGAGUCAGGCAAUGAGAGUCGUCAAGUUAUUGGAUCCAUCGGUUUUGAAGAAAGUCGAAUUUUGUUUCGAAAAUAGAGAUGAGGAUAUCGAUAUGGAGGAUGCUCUGGCUUUGGUGAAAUGGAAUGAAGGAAAACGGAUGAAAUUGGUUUUCAAGUUGCACACAAUUCGUCCAGAAUAUUUGGAAUUAAUGAAAAAAUUUUUUCUACAUCGAACAACUUUCACUGAGAUCUUCAUUUAUUACAAACACUGUGUCCAUGAUUAUGUGAGUUCGAGAUCAAUUUUUGGUUUUCCAAUGCAAUACGAAACUCCCGGCUCGACGGAGAAGUUUAUCAAGUUCCGACUGUCACAUAGACGGUUGUUAUCUGCUCGUUUAGUGAAAUUAACACUGAGCAACGAUUUAUCUGCAAAGGUUCUGGGGAACCCAUUGAUUAUGAAACGUGUCAUUCGAUCACUCGGGUUUUGGAAUGUCCAACACCUCCGUAAAACGUCUCGUGGAAUCAGGAGCUGCGUUGAUUUUCUCAAACCCGUUACCCACAUUGAUGAAUAUAAUGUUUACUUCUCAAGUGAUAUUCAUCCAAGUGCAUGUAUUAGAUCUGGAGGAUGUUACAGUUCAAGAAGCUGGUUAUACGGGAAACAUGAAACUUCUGAGGACAGAAAUUUGUUGUGUCAGAAGGCGCAAGCCCAAGUUUUGAAUGACUUUGAGGUCAACUUGAGAAAUCAGAAUACGUGUUUAGAAGAGUUGAAAUUCAUAUUCUCGUAUAUUGACACUCUUCAAAAGGAGGAACCAAGCAUUGAAAAAUUCGAGCGUGUCAAUCAACUUACCAUUCAAUUUUUGGAGAAACUUAAAGAAAUUCUAUCAGCAAGAAGUCACUUAUUAAAAGUGAAAGUGUUGGAAUUGUUAUGUUGUACUGACAACAAUUUGAUGCAAAUCCUUCCGUACCUUGACCCAAAUUGCUUGAAAAAAAUUGAAGUGAACGAUCCAAGAUGGGAAUAUGAAAGACUCGGGGACAGGGUUAAAUACCCAGAGUCCAUGUUGAAACCGUUUGUAUUGGACGAGAUAUGUCAACUGGAACAGUGGAAGAGUGCGACAGAACUGGAGAUUCGAUCAGAGCCAAUAUCCACUUCUAUUCAAAAAAUGAAUAUUACUCAUUUUUCCAGAAUUUGGAUAGAAGUGGAUACAAUCAGUUCAGAAGAUGUGCUAUAUCUUAAAGAUCAUCUUCUACUAUCGACCACUUUCCAAAGAUUCAUUAUUCACUUCAAAAACACUACAAUUGACUACGAAACUCUUCACGGACUAAUUGGACCACCGCAUCGAAUCUUCAGUGACACUUCUCGUAUCUGGUUUUUCCAAAUGGAAGUGAAUCAUGAGUUUUUGGAAGUUAGCUUGAAAAGAAGGUGUCUCGACUUUGAUCUUGCUGACUACAUAAGACAAUACAGAUAG